CGCUCCACAGUCCACACCAUUACCUCCCUCUCUCUCACUCUGUGCCGCGCUCAACCACCUCCACCAUCACUCGCUUUCUCUUCUCUCUCGGGUUCUCUCUCUCUCUCUCUCUCGCACACCGAAACCGAAAGCGAUAAUAUAUAUAGAGAGAGAGAGUAAGAGGAGUGCACUGCACACGAGGUAGAGAGAAGGAACUAACUCACCGAACAGUGAAACCAAGACAUUCUGAAUUUGAGCUUCGGUUAGUAAUUCGGAGUGUUUGUUUGUUUGACUUCGAUGGCUUCGAAUUCCGAGCUGGUGCGAACCGUUGUGGAGUCAGUGCUGGGCGUUUCGGUCUCCGAUUCGGUGAUGGUGAUCGCGGCCACUUCCGUCGCCUUGGUGAUCGGGCUUCUCGUUUUCGUGUGGAGGAAAUCUUCGGAUCGGAGCAAGGAGCAGAAGCCGCUCGCGGUGCCGAAGUUGCUGGUGAAGGAAGAUGAAGAAGACGAAGUCGAUGCUGGUUCGGGGAAGACCCGAGUUGCCAUUUUCUUCGGAACUCAAACUGGUACCGCUGAGGGCUUUGCCAAGGCUUUGGCAGAGGAGAUCAAGGCUAGGUAUGAAAAAGCAGCUGUCAAAGUUGCUGACCUGGAUGACUAUGCAAUGGAUGAUGAUCAAUAUGAAGAGAAGCUGAAGAAAGAGUCACUUGCAUUUUUCAUGUUGGCAACAUAUGGAGAUGGAGAGCCAACUGACAAUGCUGCAAGAUUCUACAAAUGGUUUACUGAGGGUAAAGACGAGAGGGGUAUCUGGCUUCAACAGCUCACGUAUGGUGUUUUUGGCUUAGGUAACCGGCAAUAUGAACAUUUUAAUAAGAUAGGUAAAAUAGUUGAUGAAGAACUUAGUGAGCAAGGUGCAAAGCGUCUUGUUCCAUUGGGACUAGGUGAUGACGAUCAAUCCAUUGAGGAUGAUUUUGUUGCUUGGAAGGAAUCUCUAUGGUCUGAGUUGGAUCAGUUGCUCCGGGAUGAGGAUGAUGUAAAUACUGUAUCUACUCCUUAUAAGGCUGCUAUUCCUGAAUAUCGAGUGGUUAUUCAUGAUUCCACCGUCACAUCUUGCAAUGAUAAUCACUUAAAUGUGGCAAAUGGUAAUGCUGUGUUUGAUAUUCACCAUCCUUGCAGGGUUAAUAUUGCCGCUCAAAGAGAACUUCACAAACCUGAGUCUGAUCGUUCUUGCAUACAUUUGGAGUUUGACAUAUCCGGGACUGGCAUAAUAUAUGAAACUGGUGACCAUGUGGGUGUUUUUGCUGAAAACGGCGAUGAAACUGUUGAAGAAGCUGGAAAGUUGCUGGGUCAGGAUUUAGAUUUGGUAUUUUCCAUUCACACUAAUAAUGAGGAUGGUACUCCUCUAGGAAGUUCUCUGCCACCUCCUUUUCCUGGCCCUUGCACACUGCGCUUUGCUUUGGCACAUUAUGCAGAUCUCUUGAAUCCCCCACGCAAGGCUUCUUUAGUGGCUCUGGCUGCACAUACUUCGGAACCCAGUGAAGCAGAUAGAUUAACAUUCCUCUCAUCUCCUCAGGGGAAGGAUGAGUACUCCAAAUGGCUGGUGGGAAGUCAGAGAAGUCUCCUUGAGGUAAUGGCUGAGUUUCCGUCAGCAAAACCACCGCUUGGUGUGUUUUUUGCUGCAGUAGCCCCUCACUUACAACCUCGUUAUUAUUCUAUUUCAUCCUCGCCUAGGUUUUCCCCGCAAAAGGUGCAUGUAACUUGUGCCUUGGUAUGUGGUCCAACUCCUACUGGAAGAAUUCACAAAGGAGUAUGUUCAACCUGGAUGAAGAAUGCCAUUCCCUUAGAGAAAAGCCGUGACUGUAGUUGGGCUCCUAUUUUUAUCAGAACAUCAAACUUCAAGUUACCAGCUGAUCAUUCCAUUCCUAUUAUUAUGGUUGGUCCUGGUACAGGCCUGGCACCUUUCAGGGGAUUUUUACAGGAAAGAUUGGCCCUCAAAGAGGAUGCCGUUCAACUUGGUCCUGCAUUACUCUUCUUUGGAUGUAGGAAUCGACAAAUGGAUUUUAUUUAUGAGGAUGAGCUAAAGAAUUUUAUGGAACAAGGUGCUCUGUCAGAGUUGAUAGUCACAUUCUCGAGAGAGGGACCUGAAAAGGAGUAUGUUCAACACAAGAUGAUGGAUAAAGCUGCAAAUCUGUGGAAUUUGAUUUCUCAGGGAGGUUAUCUUUAUGUUUGUGGUGAUGCUAAGGGCAUGGCCCGAGAUGUUCAUCGGACUCUUCAUACCAUUGUCCAGCAGCAGGAAAAUGUGGACUCUUCAAAGGCAGAGGCUAUAGUUAAAAAACUCCAGAUGGAUGGACGUUAUCUUAGAGAUGUCUGGUAAAUUUUCUGAUUAUUCAUCUUUCUGGGUUGUGCCUUCCUUGCUAUUUGGUCUGUUAAGUUCAAGAUUGGUUGAAGGAUAUUUGAUACUCUUCUAUCACGGAGUUUUGGGACACCAAUGAUGGAGGCUGAAAUUUCCUUGAGAAAGCAAAUCGUUUUCGUGGACAUUUGUGUGGUUUUCUUAUAUUUUUCGCCGCCUUGAUAUUCUCUCUUGUCAUGAUAUUUGAACUAGGAUUAUUUUUAGGGGGACUGAUAGAUAGCUUCAUAGAUGAUUUAAUACGUAUAGGUCGCACUAGUUUAUUUCCAAUGGCCAUGUAUCAAAUUGUAGGAAUUGGCAAUGAAUAAGCACUCGAUUAAUGAAAUAAUUCUUCUAGUUGAUGAAAA